CAUGACUGGGACGGUCUAUGCUGCGGCUGCUGAUGUGACAAGGCAGCAGAGCGGAGGCUAUUGCUAGCUUUUAUCGUGGAGGUUUGUUGUCUAAUGAUUCUAAUCUUUUCCUUUAAGUUUUGAGAAGUGAUCGUAAAAUGGACAACAGUGGCAAAGAAAAAGAGGCAAUGGCUUUAAUGACCGAGGCGGAAAAGAAAGUGAAGUCUUCACAAUCGUUUUUUGGAUCCCUGUUUGGGGGCUCCUCCAAGUUGGAAGAGGCAUGUGACAUUUAUGUGAGGGCUGCAAACAUGUAUAAAAUGGCAAAAAACUGGUGUGCUGCAGGAAAUGCUUUCUCUCAAGCUGCUCGCCUCCACCUGCAGAUGCAAAGCAAACAUGAUGCUGCUACAAAUUACAUUGAUGCUGGAAAUGCAUUCAAAAAAGCAGAUCCACAAGAGGCAAUAAACUGUUUAAAUAGAGCAAUAGAAAUCUAUACAGAUAUGGGACGUUUUACAAUUGCUGCAAAACAUCACAUCACAAUUGCUGAAAUAUAUGAGACAGAGUUGGUCGACAUUGAUAAGGCAGUUGCACAUUAUGAACAAGCAGCAGAUUAUUACAAAGGUGAAGAAUCCACAAGUUCAGCCAACAAGUGCCUUCUGAAAGUUGCAACCUAUGCAGCCCAGUUGGAACAGUAUCCAAAAGCUAUUGAGAUAUAUGAACAGAUUGGAACAUACGCAAUGGACAGCACGCUCCUGAAAUACAGUGCCAAGGAUCACUUCUUUAAGGCAGCACUUUGUCACUUCUGUGUUGACAUGCUAAAUGCAAAGCUUGCUGUGCAGAAGUAUGAGGAAAUGUUUCCAGCCUUUUCGGACUCUCGGGAAUGCAAACUGUUGAAGAAACUCUUAGAUGCAUAUGAAGAGCAGAACGUGGAUGCCUACACUGAUUCGGUAAAGGAGUUUGACACCAUUUCACGGUUGGACCAGUGGCUCACUACAAUGCUUCUGCGGAUCAAAAAGACCAUACAAGAUGAUGAGAGUGACCUGUGUUGAACCCUGUCCUCCUUUAACAUCUGUUUGACUUUAACCUUUGGCCUAUGUUUUUUGCAGAUAAUUCUGAUGUCAAAUAUAUAACUUUGUUUUACUAUUACUUUUCUCUUAAACAUUUUGCCUUUAAGCAUGUAAAAAUUUGUUUUCUCUUAGUUUGCUCUUUUGGUAUAAACACUAUUUCCUUUGAUUCUUUAUAUUAAGAAUGUUAAGGCUCUAAUUUAAGAAAUUUGAAAUGCAAGUGAUCAUGCCAGCAUAGAGAAAAUUAACUAUUUUAUUAAUCCUGUAAUUGUAAGGGAGUCACAACACUUAUAAAUAAAUGCAUCCAAAUUAAUACAUUGGUAAUGUGAGUAAGAAAUAUAGUUGCCUAAACCAGGGGUUCUCAAACUUUUUGAGGCCACAGGCCCCUUAUUGAUAAUAAAAUAUCCCAAGCACCCCCUAUCAAACCAAUAAAAUUUGUUUAAAUUUGGUUAUAUACAUGGUUUAAACUCCUGACAGAUAAUCUGUCAUAGUCCUCAUUUUAAGUGUGUACUCCAUCAACAACACUGUACAUUUGGGAUUGUAUAGCAUUAUAAAUUGUAGUCUUCAAGUAAUUAUCAAUGUUGGGGAGCACACAUGGCCCUGGGACCCCCAGGGACCUAGACAAGAUAAAAUCCAGCAAACUAACCAGAUAACACCCCUGAUUGUAGGCUAGGUCAAAUGUAAUAGGUUGAAGAUGAAAGUUUUUGUCUGGUUAUAUUUUGUAUUCCCAUAUAGGAAAUAUUUAUAAUAUACAUUUUCAAAUCAUGAACAAUUGUACAGUGCCGCCCCCUGGGGUCACAUAGGUGUAGCACCUGUUCAAUGAUACGCAUGAUUUAUAUUAUAAUUCAACAGUAUCAUCUGCAAAAGACAUACUUUGAUUUCCCCGAGUACUCUGCCUUAUUUUGCCUGAUUCUCAGGAUCUGCACAGAUUUGAUGGAAAGGUGCACAGCUUUAUGUAGAGCACUUUAAUCCUCGGAAUGGUUUGUGCAAGAUUUGGAAUGAUUGGAAAACCUCUUGUACAGGUUACAUGUUUUAUUGUCUAAUUGUUGCUGGUUAUUUAGUUUUAAAGCAGGCUAGAUUUUUAAAGCUUGUGCAAGAUGCAAAUGAAAUUGAAUACCCGCCUCUGAACACUGUGCAAAUUUUAUCCUGUAAUUUUGUCCAAAUCGAGGGUUUUCGUCUGGUUGAAGCCUUCUUAAAUUUGUGUUUCAGUGAUAUGAUAUUUUGAAUAAAAAUAACUUUGACAUGUGA